GACCGUUUCCGUUGGCGCCAAGACUCACCGCCUCGCCCUUUGACCACACACUCAAGGCGGGUGUGCACUGGCCAGGGAAAACAGUGACCCAGUAAACCAAAAACCUCGGCCUUAGCACAGUAAACAGCUGGUUCCAAGUGAGGGACCUCCGCUCCACAAGGUUGUUUUCUCGUUUCGAUCUCAGGGUGUAUUCAGAUCGGUCGUGGACGUGGUGGAAUAGCACAGCAGUGUACUACAACACCUGUACUUGGAAUUAUCAGCAAGCAUGGCCAAACGUGGUGCUGUGAAGGAGCUGACUCAUGACAAUUGGGAGGAGGAGGAUGACCCGGAAGACAUGGGUGUCUUCCGCCAGGCCCCCACGUCGGAACUUGCUAAUCGACAAAUAAAAAAGGCAAGGAGAAGAGGUGGGAACUUGGAGGAGUCUUCAUCACCAGGCAUAUUCAAGGGACUUACACCCUUCACGGGCUUUGGUGGUAACAAGGAGUCCUCUAGUGUGCCGACUUUCAGCUUCAUCAACAAGGAUACCGGAGCAAAACCUACUUUUGAUAUCCUUGGCACCUCCAAGGCAAACACACCCACAUCUUUCACAAAGUCUGAUGCUACCUCCCCCGAAAAGAAAGCCUCUCUUCCAACAUUCAAGUUCACCACCAAAGACUCCUCAACAAAUUCGCCAAAGUCAGUUGAAUCAAAAACAAAUGGUAUGAACCCGUCUAAAACAAAUACAGACCCCUCAGGGAAGAAGGGUAACAAAGAGUUCUUGGGCCACCUGAAGGCACUCAAUGAAGGCGUUGUCAAGUGGGUGAAGCAACACCUCGAUGCAAACCCUCACGUAAAUCUGUCGCCUGUAUUUGACGACUACAAGAAACAUUUUGAGGAACUGACAAAGAAGUACCCCUCCUCGGGGGAGAGUGAAAAUGAAGAGACAGGAACAGAAAGUGAGGCAUCAGGUAAAGAUCAGGCAAGUGAGAAAGAGAACCAGCCUAUAGCUACAAAGCCAACAUUUUCCUUUGCUAGUUCUGUAACUUCAUCAUCCGAGAAAUCUCUGUUUGGUGCUAGUUCAGCAUCAAGUGACAAAAAGACUGCAGCAGUCUCUCCAACCAAACCAGCAUUUUCUUUUGGAGGAUUUGGCAAAAGUGCUCCAGAGAAAUCACUUUUCAGUGGUGGUGGCAAUAGUAUUUUUGGUGGCUUGUCUUCCUCCACCACCACGGCUACCUCCUCAACGACUACCACUGCCACCACCACAGGAAACACAGGGGCAGACAAAGAUGAUGCAGCAUAUGAGCCACCUAAAGUUGAGGUCAGUGAAGUGAAGGAAGAGGAUGCUAUUUAUGAAAAGAAGUGUAAGUUAUUCUACAUGAAGGAUGGAGCUUAUGUGGAAAAGGGAGUUGGUACUUUAUUCCUCAAGCCAGCCGGAGAGAAGACCCAGCUGCUCAUUAGGGCCCUCACCAACCUGGGUAACAUCUUGCUCAACAUCAUCCUUAACCCCACCAUCCCCACUGCAAGGGCAGGGAAGAAUGGUGUCAUAAUAGCAUGCAUCCCAAAUCCUCCAGUCUCAGGCAGUGGAUCUGCAUCCAACGAACCUGUCAAGAUGUUAAUACGUGUCAAGACUGGGGAAGACGCUGAUGCCCUGAUGGAAAAAAUAAAUGAACUUAAGAAAUAAAAUCUGGACCACAGUAGCACAAACAUUUUGUUGUUGAAACUUCACUUGGAUUUCAUGAGUGAGAUUGUUGUACAUAAAGAAUAUGAAAUACACUAAUACUCUGGAAUGAUGAGGGAAUCAAUCAUAUACGACAUGGAAACAUACUAUGUUCUGAUUCUGAAACUUCAUAUUUUGUAUUUCAAUCGUGAAAUGUUGAUCUGAAGAAAGCGGGAUGGCUUUGUCCUGAUUGAAAAUUAAAAUCAGUAAACUCAAGGGAUUACAUAUGUCUGUCAUCACCCUUAACUGUUUAGCCUAUUUUAUACUAAAGCUAAUGUGAGUCAGGAUGUAAAUGCUUUGAAACUUGGUAGCAAUAUAAUCAUGCAGAACAUGUGCAAGGUACCCAUGACACCAGUGAUUCACUGUGUUAGUAAUAUUUUGAUAACAUGUAUUUUCAAGACUGGCAGAUGCUCAAAGUUACAUAUGAGUUCACAUUGUGCCAAAUGCUGGAAGUAAAGGAGGGAGCCAUUUUUCAAAGAGCUCCCUUCUUUACUGGUGUAAAUUAAUAUUUGUAUUCUUGUGGUAACCCUUGUUUUUUGUUUGCAGUAUUAGACCAUCUUAUGCUGUGAUUCAAAACAUGCCAUUUACUUCUUUGGCAGUCUGACUUUUCAAUGCUUCUCCUUGUGAGCAGUACUGAAUGUUUUUAUGCCUGUUCUUAAUCAGUAAUGAUAUUGGUAAUUAUUAUUGCAAAAAAGACAAACUUCUAAGGUUGUAGACCAUAUUACCACUGACUUGUCUGUUGACAUUACUAUGUUCAAACCCCACAGCUAAAUUUGUUAGGCACAUGUAAGUCAGUGGCAUGAGACAUUUAAGAUGUGUCUUCUUAUAAAAAAAAAUCUUGAAAACUGCUCUUUCCAUAGGAAGUAAUGAGUUCGUUUCCUUUUGCUGAUGCCCAUUUUGAAAACUGCUGUUUGUUGAUUGUCUUUACAUUUUCAGUGUUUAAUGAUAUUUAUUUACUUGCCUAUCAUUGAUGUCCGUGUCCCACAAUUUCCCAUUGGGUUGUAUUAUUUUGCAGACUGAUACUGUCUAUUUCAUUGUGAUAUUUAAAAUGUUGGUUUCAGACAGCAUUUUCCUGUGCAAGGUUUUAUAUAUUAUCAUUAGGUUUUAUUUGGGAUGAAUAAUAAAGAUAUAAUGGAUCCAGUUUGUAUAUCGGAGUACUCAAGUAUUUGUAAUAUUAAUAUGCACCAUAUUAUUGCCUCUGUGAAGCUUUCAGUGCAUACUGCCAGAGCAUUGUAAAUUCUUACCUGUCCCCUUUGUUCUGGUGCUGUGUUGAAUGGUAAAGAUUAUAAUGUACAGACUA